AUGUCUACCUUCAUAGCCCUGCUCUGUCUGGGAAUGACUCUGUGCCCUGGGACACCAGAGAUGACAGGAACCCUGCCUAAGUGUAUACUAAGAGCACAGCCAGAUACUGUGGUCUCCAAGCAGACUAACGUGACCCUCUUGUGUGAGGGUAUGAAAGGAGCCAAAGAGUUCCAUAUCUACAGAGAUGGAGUUCGAUAUACUCAGUUCACACAGACUCUACUAAAGCCUGAGAACAAGGCUGAAUUCUCCAUCUCAAACAUUGACCAGAACCAUGCAGGGAAAUAUCAAUGCUGCUAUCAGACCCAUGAUGGAUGGUCAGACUACAGUGAUACCUUGGAGCUGGUGGUGACAGGAGAACACAGUAAACCCAGUCUGUCAGCCCAGCCCAGCCCAGUGGUGACCUCAGGAGGAAAUGUCACCCUCCAAUGUGACUCAUGGCAGCGACAUGACAGGUUUGUUCUGAUUAAGGAAGGACCACAGAAGCUCUCCUGGACACUGGACUCACAGUAUAACUUCUCUGAUAGACAAUACCAGGCUCUGUUCUUUGUGGGUCUUGUGACCUCCAACCAAAGGUGGACAUUCAGAUGCUACAGCUUUGACAGAAACAGACCACUGGUGUGGUCAGAACCCAGUGAUCCACUGGAACUCCUGGUUUCAGGUGACCUCCACAAACCCACCAUCAAGGCUGAGGCAGGUACUGUGAUUGCCUACAAAAGUGCCAUGACCAUCUGGUGUCAGGGGAGCCUGGAUGCAGAAUUGUAUGCUCUUCAUAAACAGGGAAUCCCAAAGCCCUGGGUCACAAGGUCCCCAGAGAAACCUAGACAAAAAGGCCAAUUUCUCAUCCCUUCUAUGACAGAGAAACAUGUGGGAAUAUAUCAGUGUUACUAUUACAGCAUGGCAGGUUGGUCAGAUCACAGUGACACCUUGGAGAUUGUGGUUACAGGAAUAUUUUUGCUAUAUGUGCCCAUCCUGUUAUCCAUAUCAGGAUCUGUAGCAACCUCAGGAGGGAACAAGACUCUGCAGUGUGUUUCAUUUGUGAGAUAUGACUAGCUGGUUCUCAUCAAGGAAAAUGAGUUCUCCAUCUCCCUGGACUCACAGUAUCUUUACACUAAUGCACAGUACCAAGCCCUGUUCUCUAUUUGUCCAUUGACCCUAGUCCACAGAGGAAUAUUCAGAUGUUAUGGUUAUUACAAGGAUACUCCACAGUUGUGGUCAGUACCAUGUGCAUUUGGUUAAAACCUGCUCAACAGUCCUUAUCUUGUCAUCUUUCCUGUAGGGCUGUCCAAGAAGCCCACCCUGCUGACUCACCAAAGCCAUAUCCUGGAUCUUUCAAAGAGUCUCACCCUGCAGUGUUGCUCCAAUAUCAACUAUGACAGAUUUGCUUUGUACAAGAUGGGGGGAAAUGACUUCACCCAGCACUAUGGCCAGUGGACUCAGGAUGGUCUCUCCUUUGCCAACUUCACACUGGGCUCUGUGAGUAACUCUACUGGUGGCCAGUACAGAUGCUACGGUGGACACAACCUCUCUUCUGAGUGGUCGGCCUCCAGUGACCCCCUGGACAUUCUGAUCACAGGAAACUUUCCUGUCACUCCUGUUCUCUCAGUGAAGCUUAACUCAACAGUACAUCCAGGAUACUAUGUGACACUUCUGUGUUGGUCAAGAAACCCCGUGGACACUUUCAUUUUGUACAAGGAGGGAAAAGUCCAUCAACCUCAGCGACAAAAAGCAAUGUUCCAAGAUUCGCAGUACCAGGCAGAAUUCACCCUGAGUACUGUGACCUCUGCUGUCUCAGGAAGCUACAGGUGCUAUGGUUCUCAAAACUCAUCGCUAUACCUGUUGUCAUAUGCCAGUGCCCCUGUGGAGCUCAUCAUUUCAGGACCCACUGAAGCAUCCAGCCUGCCAACAUCAAAGUCCCUGCCACCAUUGCAGCCCAUGCCAACACCUGGACUGGAAAACUGCCUAAUGGCUCUGGUUGGAGUGUCUGUGGCCUUCCUCUUGUCACCAUUCAUCCUCAUCUUCCUCCUUCUCCUACAAAGGCAACAGGGAAAAUUCAGAAAGAAAGCCAAGAAAGAGACAGAAUUCCACGUUCCUGCAGGGGCUGCAGAGCUAGUAACCAGAGACAGGGGCCCCCAGGAGAGAUCAAACAGAGCCACUGCCACCCAGGAAGAAAGCCUUUACGCUUCAGUGGAGGACAUACAACUUGAGGAUGGUGUGGAACUGCGAAGUUGGGUCGGACCAUCUGAAGAACCUCAGGAUGUGGCCUAUGCCCAGCCACUCAGGACAUUCAGACAGGAGCCAGCUGCACUUCCUCCCUCCCAGGCAGGGCAGGUGUCAGAGGAGCCAGUGUACGUGAUGCUCUCGUAG